GAGAGAUCGUGAGAAUUCAUCCAGACGUGAAGAUGUUGGCAGUCGUGGUUGUUUUAUUCCUGGCAGCUGGCGUGAGUGAAAGCGUGAUUUUGAGUAAAUGUGAGCUGAAGCGGCAGCUUGAAAGAGGCCUUUCUCUGCCAGCUCCCAAUUCUACUGACAUACUUGCACAGAUCGUGUGUCACGUCGAGCUGACCUCUGGCUUCAAUACCAGCGCCAUUAAGAAGAUCGCUGAGCCAGAAGAGCACAGCAGUGUUCAGGGUUCUCGCCAUCGUAGAUCUGUCAAAGGAAAAGGUCCACGCACCACCCCCAGGCCAGCCACCCGUGCGCCCCGUUUGGGAAGUGACGAGGACAAAAGUGAGGUCUGGACUCUUUAUGGCUUGUUCCAGCUUAGUGACCACGUGGUGUGCCGCUCUACUCAAAGUCAUUCACUGAACCUCUGCGGGCUGACCUGCGACAAGCUGAUUGACAGUGACACCAGUGAUGACAUAGCCUGUGUCCAGGCUCUUAUAAAUGCAGUAUCUGCGCCGAAUCCUGACCCCAAGACUUCUAAACCCAUCCAUAAAAUGAUCUCGCUGAUCCACCAGCCACAGUGCAUCACCGUGAACACCACUUCAUUCUUCGCCGGCUGUUAAACACCCUGAAUUCAAGACCUCUUGAUUUAAGUCCUGACCUCUUGUAGCUCCCUGCUUUAUUAUUGCAUUUCUGUGCAUUUCUAUUCGUAGCUUUCUUGCAAGACAACAAAUCCCCAUCACAAGUAGCUUGUGUUGUGUGUACGAGUCAU